AUGCCAUCGCUCCUGAAAAAGUAUCGUAAGAAGCGAGAUAGCACACGAUCUGACGAUGGUUCAGAUAGAGCUAGCUUUGGCAAGUCGCCGACGCGGAAAGUGUCUACCUCGUCCUCACUAGAAUCAGCGUCCGCAGUGGCCUCGACGCUCGACUACGACGGCACCCCAAGAUCGACCGGCGGAAACGCAGGAAAUACCCCUAACUCUACCAAACGUGCAAAUGGACUAGGUUUACAACUAAAUGGCGGCAUGAUUCCGUCUCCUGGUGUAGGUGGUUCAAUUGGUGGUCCCUCCGGUGCUUUCAACCAGCAGCUUGGAGAGCCUGCUCAAACUCUAGCCGGGUACUCUAUGGCUCAACAAAAUGAAGCAAAGUAUGGCCCUACUCAGAAUCCGCACCAUUUGGAUAGUCCGUUUGUCGCGCGCGACGAGGUUCAUUCCGGUCAGCCAGAGACCCAGCGUCACCAUGUCCCCAGCAUUUCUCAGGGCCCACGGCAACCUGAGCAAGGAGCACUAGGCAAAGCACAAGAUGGGCAGCAACAGCAACAGCAACAGCUGCGUGAUCUAGAUCAACUGCGUGAGCACGAUAGAUCUUUCCAGGAACGUUAUAAGCAGUCAAUCUCCUCGCCGCCUUCUCAGAGCCCAGCCCAUUUUUUCAAUCUUCCGACUAGCGAGAACCCGUGGGCGGAAUGGCAAAUUCGUCGCGCAUGCCCGUCUCCUCGAUUCGGCCACUCGGCCAAUUACAUUGCUGCUCGCGACGGCGAGCUCUUCAUCAUGGGUGGCAUUCGCGAUAUGGAUAUCCUCAAUGAUCUGUGGGUUAUUGAUACACACAUGUUGACUGGAUACCAAUUGCGUACCGAAGGUGCAGAUGUAAGUGCUCGUGUUGGCCAUGCUGGUUUAACCCUUGGCAACGCGUACAUUUUGUUCGGCGGUGACACCAAGAUUCAAGAAACUGACCCUCUUGACAAUAACCUAUAUUUGCUCAACACAACAACUUUGCGAUGGACCAUUGCCGAGCCCAAGGGACCUCGUCCCACCGGCCGUUAUGGUCACUCUUUGGUGAGUGUGGGUGUCAAGCUGUUCGUGUUUGGCGGUCAGGUCGAUGAUAUGUUUUACAGCGAUAUGUGGAUGUUUGAUCUGACCCAGCUUCGAUCGCCAGCCUGCCAUUGGGAGAAAAUUGAGCCCCUUACACCACCACCACCUCCCCGAACCAACCACACCGUUGUAACAUACCAAGAUAAGAUUUACUUGUUUGGUGGCGCUAACCGUGACUUGUGGUACUCGGAUACAUGGUGUUAUGACCCUGCACUUAACGAAUGGACUCAAUUAGAUUGUACCGGCUACGUUCCUGCGCCCUGUCAAGGCCACGCUGCGACUAUCAUCGGAGAUACCAUGUAUGUAUUUGGUGGUAUGUCCUCUCAAGGCAACCUGAUUGAUCAACUUUUUGCUCUCCAACUUACGACCCAUAAAUGGUAUACAUUCCAAAAUUUGGGACCCGGUCCCUGUCCUCGAUCAGGCCACUCUUUGACUGCGUUUGACGGGGACAAGAUUUUAGUAUGGGGUGGCACCGAUCAGAGUAGUGCUGCUUAUGUUCUAGAUGUCAGUCGGAUCAAUUAUCCUGACGAAACUGCUGAGACAGAUACCUCUGUUUUAAAUAGCAGUGGUAGUGCUGCUUCUCAGCCCGAAACUAGAGAGACACUGCACCCGGCGGCAGACACUAGCCUGAGUACAGGCGACGCAGUUGAAGCUGACACAAGCGCAGCACAGGGCACACAGCUCACUCGUGAGACCUCGGCAAGAUCUACGCCUGCUGCACGGAAAUCCAUCCUCUUGAAACGUCAAUCUUGGCAGCCUCCUCAAUCACAGGUUGGUGGAAUGCCUGGCCAAGCCCCAGCACCUGCAAUGUCCGUGGCAGAGUCUGAUGAGUUCGAGUCGGCGACUGAUUUACCGGCCACUUUGAACUCUAGAGGUUCUGCUACAAUUGGUCUGCCAUCUGAGGGCUCAAUUGCUCCUCUGUCUCACUCUAGCCGGGGUGACCCAGCUGUUGUUCCUGUUACCACCGCCGGUAUGCUCGCAGAAGCAGAAGCCGCUGCAGAAGCGGAAGCUGCAGCACAAGCAGAGUCCACGAAGGAUCGUACGGUACCGCGCGAGUUGCAGCCAGGUUCACCUUCUCAGGAAAUGUCUCUUCGUGAGCCGGAAGCAUCUGAUUCCAAACUGGCUGCUCGGGGGCUCGAAUCUUCACCUAUACAAGUAGCUGAUGAUCUGGAGCAGAUGGCGAGUUCUCCUGUUGCAAAAGAUGGUGAGCCUGAGCAGGUUACGUCUCCUCGCGAGGUUGAGAUUAGAGAGGCUGCGGAUCUCGAGAAUAUCACCGCUGAUAUACCCGGUGCCCUACCUCGUUCUGAGGGACAUCACAAUCUAGCUGAAGCGUCUGAGAUUGGUUCCGGUACCCCUGACACCCUUUGGAGGGCUACAUCAUCUUCGUCAGGGGAUACCGAACUCGGCCGAGGUGACAAAGAAAGUGAUUAUGAGAAGCCAGUCCAUGCGCGCUCUUUGAAAGAUGGUAAUGCAGAGUCUCCUGACGUGCUUUUUUCUAAAGCUUCGAUUGUUACUGGUGUAGCAUCUACCAAUCAAGCAGCGCCUGAAGAGGCAUCUGUACCUGAAACAGCGACUCAAGCAGAUGCUGCCGCUGCUACACAAUCUGCAACACCUGUAAGCAAAGAUGCAUUAUUUGAAGCGGUAUCUCCUAAUGAAGGGACCGGCACUGAGGGAAUUACUGAAAAAACUGAAGCUGAAACAGUGCCUACUUCUGAAGAAGCCGCUGGUGUAGCACCUGUGACUUCGGAAACAGGAGAUGAACCAGGCAAUUCCCUAGAGAACAAGGCGAUCUCUAAUGAUAUCUCUGAUCUUUCCAACCCUACUCAGACACCUGAGAAUACUGUAGUACAGCCAGUUGGUGCCGCAGUGGUGAAUGCCAAUGCACACGGCACAAGUGAUACAGUGGAAAAGGAAAUGGUUGAGCCAGACCAAGAAGCCAAUUCAGCUGCUAUUUGCGAUGAUAUUAUACCAGCGCGCAAAUCCAUUGAACCCAGCGAGUUUGACCACUUGAGACAACAAAUGGCCGAGCAAAGAAAGCUGCAAGGUUCAAGCACUAUUGGUGAACGACAAAAUCUUGCCAACAUACGCCGUGAGUUACUUGAUCACCAGGAGGCUUUUGGAAAACUUCAAUCUGAACGCACCGCACUUCAGAAGCAGUACGAAGCACUUUAUCAGUCGACUGCUGAGCAGAUGGCUGUUGUGAGUGCUGCAAAUGAUUCAGCAGCGCUUCACCGUAAACAAGCUGAAGAAGCCGUGAAGCGGGCAGAAGGUCUAGCCGCGGAGAACGAAGAGCUCAAGAAGCGAUUGGCUGCUCUCGAGAGUGCCAGCACAGAGCGCGACGUUGAGACCAAGCAGCUAGACUACCACUCCAAGAUUGAUGAACUGUUCUCCAAGUGGAGUGUUUUCCCGGCCGUGGGUGGUGCAGUUGCGGGAGCAGCUACCGGUGCAGCAUUGGCUGGUACGGGCGAGCCUAAACGUUCUAUUGAAAGCGGCGGAUCAUCCGAUCACUAUCGGGAUCUCUACGAAUCUCAAAAGAAGGUUAUCGAGGAGACACAGGAGGAUCUCAAUGAGGCAUACAAUGAUAUUUCCGAACUACAGGAGGAGUUGAAGCAGGUACAGCUUGAAUUAGAGACGGCAAAAGGCCGGGCCAAGUCGGUCGACGACAUCUCCGCCAAGCACAAGGAAGCAGAGUCUGAGCUUGUUACGUUGCGGGCAUUCAAGGAGCAAAGCAGCCAGGACAUGACUGGGUUGCAGAGUCAGCUGGAUGCCGCCAAAACUCGUUGCAAUGAACUGGAAGCAGAGUAUAACAAGUCUGUCGAGUACUUGCAGAACCAGCAGAGCGCGUUGUCAAAGACUCGGGCCGAGCUUUCACGAAUUAAAGAAGCUAAUGCCACUCUGCAAGAUGAGUUGAACGAGGCACGGCUGCUUGCUGGGCCUUCUUCGGAGGCAAACCAAGACCCUGACAUCAGUACACAGUCUGUUGGUAGUCUAAACUACCGCCAAGCUGAGCUUCUUAUCAAAGACCUCAAGACCCAAUUGAUCAUUGCUGAGGAGGACCGGGACGAGCUUCGCGAGCAGGUUCAUAAGAUGAAAAAGGCAGCUCUAGCCGACCGUGUUUAA